AUGAGCACGGUUAGGGCUCUAGGAGAUGGGAAGAGUCUGCCAUCACUGGAUGCGAACAGCGGUGCUGGCCUUGAUACACGCGACGGCACGGAUACAAUGUUGAAGAUGGACGAAUCCAAAGCGCAAGUUGAUAUGCCAAACCAAAUAUCGAAAGAUGUGUCCCCAGAAGGUUCACCAAGUCUUUCGGUACGUCCGGACGUGCUCUGGUGCCUAGAGGUCGAGCAAGAUGGGAAGCAGUUGCGAACUUUCUACAAAGACGAGCCGUGGAAAGGUAUAAACAACGGACUCCCAGACUCUGAUCCUGACGACGAUAUGGACUCCAGGGCUGUUCUCACAUACUUUGUCAGUGCUGAUGUCAUCGACAUCACGGGGAAAGAGUCCAACACUUCAACCACAUGGAGAGAUAGACCUGUGGACUUCCAGUUUGGGCGAGAUGCGGUGCUGUUUACGAGAUUCCCUGCAAACAUAACUAUUCACUCAAAAAGGUUAAUCAGCAUUGUCAACGCGGCAUUGAGCUACUAUCCCUAUCGCUCCGAUCCAGACAGGUUCCACGCAAAUCCAUACGACAGCUUUCCCGACCUUAUGCACUGCUAUCAAGAGCUGAAGCACUACUUCAGUGCGUUUCUGGAAAGCCUACCAGAAGAGCAGAGGGUUGAUCCAAAAUUGAAUUGCCCUAGCUGUGGCGAUGAAAAGUUCAACAAGCUCAUCAUGCAGCAUCUAAACCUGCGCGAGCUACAGACACUGGGAGAUCUACAUGAUCUACCGACCGCGAAAGACCUUGCAGUUUUGUUGCGCCUGCUGAGUGGGAUGUACCGUGCCACAAUAGCUCCCACAAUGCAUGCCAUAUAUUUCGAAGAAAGACCGAAAAUCGCAUUCAAUAGUCUCUGGAUUCUCUUCAAGCCAGGUACUACUGUAUACGUCAAACAAUCAGCUUUCUGGAACCGUCCAGAUCCACGAGAGGACCCUCACUUGAGGCACCACCAGCGGCGACCAGUUGAAGACACGGAUGACGAAUAUUCGGCUUGUGUCGUUGCGUCCUGCCUUUACGCACCCACCAGUAGCAAUUCCAAUGACAGUAUCAUUGAAAAGCCACAACGCUUAGAACUAUUGCUUAGGAGUAUUGGUUGGACUGGAACGGCAUUCCGGCCGCUUUCACAUGACGCUAUGAUCACCAAGUUUGAUGGCUCAAGACCCAUACUCGAUCUACCUGUCGUACCUGCAUAUGUCCACGACGAGUCCGAUACGCACGAACUCCGACAGAGGCUUGAAAGAAGAGGCCGCAAAUAUGUCACGAUGCUCGACAAGCUUGCUCCGCAUAGACUGUACAAACACGAGUACAGCAAAUACGAGGGCGAGAUCAUCGUAGACCCGGAGGCAUAUCGACAGCAAGUAGCUGAGGACUGGCGCCCUCCUCCGCCGUUACCACGUGGAACACCUGUUCACUUACCGCCUCGACAACCUAACAUUCACGACGGGGAAAGCUUUAGUCCAUUCAAAGGCCUGAUUGAUGUCAGUCCAAGCGACUUAGGAGACACCAGCGAAUCUAAGCAAAUUUACCUCUUGUUACCUCGCAGGCUGGAGGGCUUUGCGCUAAGAACAAAGAGAUGGAUGGUAUUCGAGGUAGAGGGCAUACAAGAUGACACCCCAUUUCGCUCCUAUGACAAAUUGGACUCAGAACUCGUCCUAGGACAAGGCACCAAUAAGGAAUACUUGCAAACUUUACUUCCAAGAGGAGCGCGCCAUUCUUCAUCUGCUCAUGACUUCGUGGAGGGCAAGGGCGAGGGAAGAAUCUUUUUGCUCUAUGGUGGGCCUGGUACUGGCAAGACACUGACAGUGGAGUGCGUAGCGAAUGACACAAGACGACCCCUGCUUCGCAUCACCGCCCAGGAUGUCGGUUUGUCAGACCGAGCAGAGAAUAAUCUUCAAACUUGGUUCACGCUCGCAGCUAGGUGGGAUGCGAUACUCCUCAUCGACGAGGCUGACUUGUUUCUGGAGAAAAGAAAGGACGGAGAUCUGACAAGGAACAGCUUGUCUACUGUCUUCUUGAGAAGUAUGGAGUACUACUCGGGAGUGCUCUUUCUUACCACGAAUCGAGGAGGCCAUAUCGACGACUCUUUUGUCUCGCGCAUCACAUGUCCAAUUGGAUACCCUCCAUUGACCACAGAGACUAAGGGCAAGAUAGUCAGGAAAUUUGUCAAGCGAUUUCAAGAAACAAACAAGAUCUUGAUUUCAGAAGACGCAGCCGAUUAUUUGAUCGAGAAUUGCACGGAAUUGAACGGCCGGGAGCUCCGGAAUGUGUUAAUGAACGCAGUAGAGGCUGCCGAGUCCAAAUUGCGGGAAGGCCAGGCUUCAAAACUCGGGCAAGAUGGCACCAGAACCACGGGAAUUGUGCAGGUGGGCGUCUAUCACGUCAAGACCGCGGUGGACACACAGGUAGGUUUCCAGAAAUACCUCAAGGAACUGAAGGGCAAAGACGAACAAACACGCGCUCGGAUGAACCAGAACUGGUAG